AUGUCUCAGCAAGCCCUCAACAAGAUCGCGGCCAACAGCCCGUCGCGCCAGAACCCUUCGGAGAUCGAGACCAACCUCGCAACCGCCCUGUAUGAGCUCGAGACCAACAUCCCGGAUAUGCGUGGUGCCUUGAGGCCGUUGCAGUUCGUCAGCGCACGCGAGAUCGAGGUCGGUCAUGGCAGGAAGGCAAUUGUGGUUUUCGUGCCUGUGCCUUUGCUUGUGGGGUGGCAUCGCAGCCAGCAGCGCCUGACUCGCGAACUGGAGAAGAAGUUCUCCGACCGCCACGUCCUCUUCAUCGCCUCCCGCCGCAUCCUGCCGCACCCUAAACGCAGCGCCCGCUCCCGCACCACCCAAAAGCAGAAGCGUCCUCGUUCCCGCACACUCACCGCCGUCCACGACGCCAUCCUCGCCGAUCUCGUCUACCCGGUCGAAAUCGUCGGCAAGCGCGUCCGCACCAAGGAGGAUGGAAGCAAGACUCUCAAGGUUGUGUUGGAUGAGAAGGAGAGGGGUGGGGUUGAUUAUAGGCUCGAUACUUAUUCUGAGGUGUACAAGAGGCUGACGGGUAAGGGUGUGAACUUUGAGUUCCCGCAGAGUGGUGGGGAGUAUUAG